AUUUAGUGAGACUCAGUUACUAUAAGCAGAAGCAGAAAAACUCAGUAGAAAACUCGCGAUCGCCAUUCAUUUCAAUUCAGUCUUGCGUUGUAGCUUAAACUUGAAACUGUGCCCGAGUAUUACACUUUCUUCGUCUUUAAGAUACUCGUAGAUAUAAAGAUACGUGAAGUAAUAUAUCGGCUCACAGUUUAUCAAGAUAAAAUACUAGUUUUUCUGGCAGUUCAAGUUUUCGUAACUGUGAUGAAUUAUCAAUGCGGUUAAGAAAAAUCGGGAAAAGAUAGAAGGUCGUGCUAAACCUAGUUUAGCAUUCGGUUUUAUGCAGUUAAGAUAUCUAGAUUGAAAACUUGUUGAUAGACAAAAUAGAUAAAAAGUUUUCUUCUUGUGGAACAUAUUUGGAUAUAAUUGGGCUUGAAAUAAUUUUUGCAUGCGAAAGUGAUCAUGUAAAGCAGAUGAAGCUGUGCUAUGACUUGUGAAAAUCUAGCCACCGGUUAUCUGUGGUUUUUCACUUCCGGAAUUAUCGAAUUUUGAAUAUAUGAAAGUGUCAGCUGAAUAACCAGAAAGUAUGUAUUACUAGAGAAUAUAGUUGUGGAGUGCAAUCUGGUCAGAAUUGUGAAGAUUAAAGUGUGAUAUACUAAAAAUCGUUUAUUGAAAGUGUGAUUCGACUUAUCUCGAGAAUUCUGUACAGCUGCUAUCAAAUUGGUUCAGCUAUAGGUUACAGAGAAUUUUUCAUCGAGUUGGUGAAGAACAGCAGAAGGCAUUCUUCCAAAUUUCGGCUAAAUUCGAAUAUGACUUCAACAGUCCUGCAACCAAUGGCCUGGACCAAUGAGAAAAUCCGUUUAGCCUGCGUCGAUAAUGUUGGAAUACGGCAAUUAUGGAAGUUAAUUGCGUUGGAUAACAACAAUGGAACGAAUGCUAAUACGAACAAAAAUAACAAUAUCGUAGUUGAGAGUGAAAACUUAGCCGAUUUUCUAAGUAAUAGAGAUUUACUUCUACCAAAUAAGAUGUCGCUGCUGAAGUUUCUUGCAAUUAAUGCACUAGAAUUGAGUGCUCCAGCUGCUCCAGUACUAUUGCAACAUGGCAGUACAAAAACAAAUGGAUGGGUUCAAUUAGCAGGGCAUCCGGAAAGCAUUGUUCCAGCUGCAGCUGGUGUUGUCCGUAAACGUGUUUCUGGUCCAGUUGACUCAGAAGUCAAAGCCUAUCGUCAAAUUGCCCAGGACGCCUGCGCAGCCAAGCUAGUUCCGAAAUUUCUUGGCGUUCAGGAAAUGAAAGGUGAAACCUACAUUGAAUUACAGGACCUCCUUCACGGCUUCAAAGAACCCAGUGUCAUGGACAUUAAAAUGGGAUGUAGAACAUUCUCUGAAUCAGAAGUCAUGAACACAACUCUUCGACCAGAUCUUUACAAAAAAAUGGUAGCAGUGGACAGCACAGCACCAACUGAAGAGGAACAUCGCCAACAAGCAAUCACUAAACUCCGAUACAUGCUCUUCCGUGAACAAAUGUCCUCCUCGCAAUCAAAAGGAUUCCGGAUUGAGGCCUUGCGUUUGGGCAACAACGAUCCCGUGACAGAUCUCAAAACUGUGCGAACAGCUAGUCAAAUCCAAGGUACCAUUUCGCAUUUUCUCAACAAUCGCAGGACGACAACCAAGGAUAUAAUCAAGAGGUUGAAAACAAUGCGAAGUUUAAUGGAGAAAUCGGAAUUCUUCCGCACUCAUGAAAUUGUUGGAUCCAGUAUUUUUAUUGUUUAUGACGAGGAGAAGAUCGGGGCGUGGCUGAUUGAUUUUGCCAAGGCGCGAAGAUUGCCGGAAGGUGUAUCGAUAACCCACCGCAAGCCAUGGAUUCCGGGAAAUUGCGAGGAAGGGCUACUGCAUGGUAUGGACGAACUAAUACAGGUUUUCGAGAAUGUAUACGAGUCUCAAACAAAAACUGAUUUGAGAAAAUGCAGUCGAAGGUAGUUAUGCUCCAUCUUAAUAACAGUGGAAAUAGAUAGUAGGACUGGUAUGCCUACAUCUACCUAUAUUAAGAGACUGAUUAUGUUGUACUAUAAAACAAUUGCUUUAACAUGCUUUAUCUUGCGACCGAGAUUUUUGACGCGAUCUGCGAAAUGAUUAAGAUAUCUAAAAUUGGCAAACUCAAUAAGAAGUUUAUGCCUUAGUUUAUGUUAAAAUCAUUUACUUCGAAACCAAGCACUGAAAAUAAGCAAAACAAAUCAACAAUUUUCCUCUGUUUCAUACAUCUGUUUCGCUUAAUAUUAUUUGCUCGAUUUUAAUUGCAAUUAUUUUGUUUUUCCAUAUUGGAAACUUGAUUUCAUGCUACAUUCAUUUCCAUAGUAAAAUAAUUUUAUUUCGCGUAUCAUGCUCUAAUUUAUAACUUUUUACGUUUUUUGUACGUUGUUUUCAUUUAAAAUAAAUCUACAUGUAUUUGAGCAAUAUUUAAAUACACAGUUCAUUAUUCAUUCAGUUGUGCACAAUUGAAGUCAUAAAAUCUAUUUCUUCACUAUAUUUGUAUCAUCAAGUUAAAUAAAUCGAAUUUUAAUAGAUUUGUAAAGCUUAAUAGGAGAUGUCUAAUUGUAAAGUAUUUCUGUGAAUAGUUGUAAGUAUAUAAUGAAUUGUGCUAUUCGUUUAUAUAUUGUAUAUGUAAAUAUUGUUUUAAAAACAAAAAUUGAGAAAAAAAUCGAAAAGUGUUUCAAGUAAUAAAUACAUAUGUGAUUAAUUUAAAAUCAUGUUGUUUUAUGAUGUCGCAAAAACUUACAUUCCAAGUAAAUAGUUAACAUCGGCGGAAAG